UGCACCAUGUAUCGGAAUGAGGUGUUGCAAUUCUAAUGGAAAGGAUAUAAUUGCUUCUCCUACCAGAGCUAAUUGUUCAAUGAUUGUGACGACGAUAGAGCUGUUUGUUGCCGACAAUCACUCUGAAUAAAGCCAUAAACCAUGCAACUCCGCGUAAUGGAUAUUACAUUAAAAUAUUCAACGAUGAAUGAUUGUUAUAUUGCUGCAAAUUAUUAAUGAAUAAAGCCAUGGAUAAAACAGAUGCAGGUGUCCCCGUUAUGUACAUAGUAAUUGCCAUUGCAAUAUCGAUUACCUUGGUGAGCACCGUUAUUGGAUACGUUGCUUGGAUAGCGUGUAAAGGCCGACGUCAGAAACGACAAGUAUACUGGAAAAAGACGUAUAAGGAAACGAGCUCGCCAGAAUCCAUUCUUGACCACAACUUAAAAAUAAGCAAAAGCACACCAGACCUGACAUUUGAAACAGAUAUUUUAGGAAAUGAAUCGCGAUAUUCCCGGGCUAAAUCCUUCUUUCAGGCAUUGCGACAGUCCACAAUGCCAACGGUGUCUGAACGACAUCAGCUUUUCCAUCGUCACAUGUCCCAUCAAAUUGAUCUCUCGAAAAUAGAAUUUUCAGUGCAAAGUGCCAAACACACGGAACAACCAAGUUUAGGUGUAAUUAAACCCGAGUUGUACAAGCAAGUGUCUGUGGAUAGUGUGAAAUCUGAACAUUUAGUUUGCGGACAGCUGCAAUUUAGUCUACAAUACAGCUACGAAUUGAAUCAAAUCACUAUUGGGAUUCUGAAGGCGAUUAAUUUGCCACCAAAAGAUUUUUCAGGCACAUCAGACCCGUACAUAAAGACUUAUCUGUUGCCUGACAGACGACAAAAGUACCAGUCGAAAGUACACAGAAAAACUCUAAAUCCUGAAUUUAACGAAAAGUACACAUUUAAUGUACCAUUUAGUGAUCUUCACGAAAGAGUGCUACAUUUUAAUAUCUAUGACUUCGAUCGAUUUUCCCGCCAUGAUCUGAUAGGGACAGUCACGGUGCCAGACAUAGUCCCCGAGGGAAAUAGACUCGUAACGGAGACGUUUUUUGUCCGAGACAUUCUUUCAUCCUAUCAGGAAAAGUUUGACCUAGGCGAGAUCAUGCUGACCUUGUGCUACCUUCCGACUGCAGGACGAUUGACAUUAACAGCAGUCAAGGCCAGGUCUCUGAAGGCCAUGGACAUAACAGGUUCUUCAGAUCCGUUUGUGAAGGCUUCCCUUGUGUGCGAAGGCAAGAGGAUUAAAAAGAAGAAGACGACAGUGAAACGGAAUACGUUGAAUCCUGUAUACAACGAGGCAAUGGUUUUUGACGUCCCAAGAGAAAACGUUGAAGACGUAGAUAUAAUCAUCAAAGUAAUCGAUUACGACAGGAUUGGCAGAAAUGAAAUUAUGGGCUGUUUUGGGGUAGGGCCUCGGUUUACCGGAACCGGAAGAGACCACUGGUAUGAGAUGCUCGAAAAUCCCCGAAAGCCCGUGGCACAAUGGUAUACUCUCCAGGAACACGUGCACGGACAGGACUUAAAACAUGGCGGUCGUGGCUGCUUUCGUUAUCGCCAGGCGACGACUGACUCGACAUGUAGCGAGGCUAGCAUGUAAAAUGAUAACAUUCCGUAGGAGUAUAAUGUUGGAGUAUUUUAACGAUAUGACUUUCACACGAAUUAAGAUCAUCGUGGUUAUUGCAGAUAACACCUUUUUGAUGUCCUCUGAAUCAAAGAAAAUAUUAACUUUCUCCUGUUAAACGGCGUGAAUAUAGAAGAAGAUAAAUUCUCGGCAAUAUAUGACACAGAAAGUCGAUGGAUUAAAUGUUAAUAUUCGACGCCAAAAGACAGCAAUCCUUUUUUUUUCAUUCCGUUAGGUGCUCUUUUGUUGUAUCAUGGUCUUUGUUGUAUCCUCGGUGUAUAUGGUAAUUCUGGAUUAUGUAGAUGUCGGUUUAUAUUAUACUGUGUGAAUCCUUUGAUGAUACCAAUUAUUAACGUCAUAUCAGGGUGCAGACGGUCAUUGGAUUCUAUGAGAAGUAUGUACGAAUGGUUAAGAUGAAGACGAGUAUAUAUCAUAUACUAUAUUUUGUAUGAUUCUGAAAAAUACGCUUUACUUUUAAAAGGCAAUAUUUACUUUAUUUGACUUAGGUAACCUAUUAUAAAAUAAAAGUAUGAUCGUUACAAAAAAGACAAAAAAAAGACAUAUCCUAAUUCUGACAUCGCUUUACCUUAAUGUAUGCUGAUGUAUAAGAGAACAUUCUACUUUCUCUGUAUUGGAACUCACAAGAUUUGGGUAAAUGCUCUUGUCUCCGCCAAUGCGAUCUUGGAUUAGAAAGCUGCCGAUGACGAAGACCGUCAUAACCCGGCAAAAAUCAAAAUAACAAUCACUAUUAUGCAAUUGGGAUGUUUUGAAAAAUAUCGUUCAAAUAAUUAUUUGAUGCAAUUAUUUAUUGCUAAUAUCUUUUACAGUAUUAAGUUAAACAAAUGACUUUUAUACUAUAGGGGCUUAACUUUCAGUCGAAUUCAGACUUAUAAAAUAUUGUAGUUUUCCUCAUGGCAAUUUUAUCAAGAAAUUAAUAUCACAUUUCUUCUCACAAAAGUUUUAGCCAUGAUGUUCUGAAAAUCAAGACACAUUGACAUAUCACGUUUUAUUGUGUCCUAUUAACCUAUGUCAUAUUGAUUUGAGCUUUUGUUUCAUAUUUCGCUGUUUUUCUCUAGCGGGUUAAUAUGAGGUUGUCGUUAUAUGAUGUCCAUUUGUUUUAAUUCAUGUUUCAAAAAGUUUGGAAUGUUGAUUAUAUAUAAAAUUUCAUUAUAAAGUUGUGCAGUUUGUAUAAGUUCAAAUGUUGUGUUUAUAAGAUAAACAUUUUAUUGGUAAUAUCUUUUUUAUUAUAAUUGUUUGUGGGGUAAUGUUCUUUAAUGAUUUAAAGUUGCAUGUUUAUUGAUGUUAAUGUUUUAAUG